CGCCUGUCCGUCGCGCUGGAGCUCUGCGGCGACCCCUCGUUGUUUCUGGACGAGCCCACCAGUGGCCUGGACGCCGUCGCGACGAUGUCGCUCGUGCGGUCGCUGCAAGCGCUCGCGAGGCGCGGCGUGUGUUGCGUCGCGGUGAUCCACCAGCCCUCGGCGGCGGCGUUCUUCGCGUUCGAUCGCUUGCUGCUGCUACGGGCGGGCGGGUCGCUGGUCUACGAAGGACCCGUCGCCCCGGGCGCCCAGCCCGCGAAGAUGCUCGCGGACAUCGGGCGGCCGGUCCACGAGCUCGCAAACCCGGCGGACGCGAUGUUCGACGCUCUUACGGAGGAUCCCGACGCGCUCACGAAGGCGGCUCCCGAAGCACCGCCGCUGCCGCCACCGCCGCCGCCUAUUUCAACGUCGGGCCCGCGCUACGCGCUCUCGCUGCCGGGCCAGAUCCGGGCCCACUGCGUGCGGAACGCGCGCGCGAUGGUCAGGGAACCGAUCUUAGCGCGCAUGCGCAUCGGCUCCGCGGUGGGCGUCUCGAUCGUGUUGUCGAUUCUGUAUGGCGAAUUGGACUCAAAUUUCGAAGGCAUCAACAGCACGAUCAGUCUGCUUUUAUUUACGAUGGUCUUCCUCGCCCUGACGAGCGCGCUGCCCGUCGUGCUGAGCGUGCUGCCGGAGAUCCACGUGACCCAGAAGGAGGUGCGGAACUGCUGGUACCGGCCCACCAGUUACACUCCCGCGAAGUUCAUUGUCGAGACGCCCCUACUCGUCAUACCGCCUUUGCUCUACCUGGCCAUCGUGGGCAACGUGACGGGCCUCACGCGCGGCAACAACGGUGCGCGGUUUAUACGGGUCUACCUCGCGUGCCUCGCGACGGUGGUAUGCACGAAUUCGUGGUCAUUCCUCCUGUCCAGCGUCGCGCCGACGAUGCAAUUGGCGGUGCUGAGUGCUCCCGGUUCGAUCAUGCCCAUGAUGCUGCUGUCGGGAUUUUUCGUGAACCAGCGCGACAUGACGUGGGUAUUUAGAUGGGCGACUUAUAUCGACUACCUGAACUACGUCUGGCAGGCGCUCGCGAUCGCCGGGUUGCAGGAUCGAACCUACAACGCGCCGCCGGGCGCGGGUUUGGACACGGGCGAGCAGGUCCUCAAAACGAGGUUGAAGCUGCCCGACUACACGGGCAGCUGGAAGAAGAACUACUGGGUGAACAUCGGCAUCCUGGCCGGAUUCAUCCUCUUCUUCCGCGCCGCCGCGGUGGUGGUCGUCGCGCGGCGCCUCUCCCGCUAG